AUGCCUGGUCGGAUUAUUCACCUUGAACAAACAGAACUAGAUCAACUUCAAACAUAUAAAUGUAAAUAUUCAACGAAAUCAAAUGUAUACUCUAUUAAAAGUACAUCUAUAACACUAUCAGUAUUUUAUUGCUUAAUCACUUUGGUUGUGAUCAAUCAGAUUGGUGGUGGCAAGAUUCAUUCAUCUGCCUCAGCUUUAUCCAAUUCUGAUGUCAGUCUGAUGCAAAAUGAUUAUGAUUCAGACAAAACAAAGUGUAUUCAGUCACUUUUAGUUAAUCGGCAUAGAAUCUCUGAUUCUGCUUUCAACGCUACCAGUGAAGUACUUGAUCCUUCUGGAGCCCAGCGGUAUAAUGCACAUUCUAUUCGGAAUGAGAAUACCGACUUCGCCUGGUGUCCAGGGAAACGUAUUGGAACAGAAUGCGAUGAAUAUAUCGAAGUAGAUAUGGGUGAAUUGAAUAUCAUUACGAAGGUUGUUAUAAGUGGACUGCUCGCUGAGGAUGGAGGUAGCCGUUAUACACCAUACUUUUUUAUUCGAUAUAAGCGAGAACAGAGUGAAGAUAACUGGAGGACAUAUCGACAACUACGUCCAACCAUCACUUCACGUCUUUUGGGUGGUUUAGACGCUUUGGUGCCUAAAUUUGUUGUACUCGAUCCACCCUUAAUAGCUCGUUGGAUUCGUAUCUAUCCAUAUCGUGAUCCUCCAGGUUUUGUUUGUAUCCGACUUGAAGCAUAUGGCUGUCGAUUCUCAGAUGAUCUUGUUGAAUACCGAAUACCUGAAGGAAGUCUUGCACAGCCUCCUUAUCAGGCUGAAACGCAUUUAUAUAAAGCUCAAGGAUUAGAACUAUUUGCACAUGGGAAGCAAAAUUUCAGUCAAGCUGGCGGAGGUCUUCCGUUUUCCGAUACUUGUUACGAUGGUCAUAGAAUUGAACCCGGCAGUCUUUUAGAUGGAGGACUUGGUUGCCUUAUUGAUUUAAAUAUUGCCAGUCGUGACACAACUCCACUAAUCCACCGAGGCUCAAAAACAGAGAAAUCAGUUAAUCAUCAAUUUGUCGGUUGGCAUCGUGAUCGAUGGAGAAGUUCACAAGAGAAAAAUAACGAUGUACUUGAUAUGCUUUUUCGUUUCGCUUCUGUACGCAACUUCACAAGACUUAGAUUUUAUGUUUCUAAUAACCAUUUGGAGAAGAUUCGUAUACCUCGGAGGAUAGAAGUGAAAUUUAGCGUAGGCGGAGUGCAUUUCUCCGGUCAGUCAUCUAUAUCACGUGAUUUCAAGCUAGAAAAUCGAAGUCUAGGCGUUUUUAACAUUAUCAUGGAUUUAUCCUAUCGAAUUGGUCAAGUUGUACAACUGAAAGCAUUUUUUUCUGAUGAUUGGUUAUUAUUCAGUGAAAUACGAUUUGAAAGUGAAAAAGUUACUGCAUCUAUAAAACUUGAUGAAUCGUCUUCGAUAGCUGAAAAGUCUUUCAGUGAUCGAAUGAAUCAUAAAGAAGACCCAGUGAAUGCAGAACUCGAGUCUGAUACGAACAAAGCAUCGCCAGUAAACGAUGCUGUACUCGACGACUCAUCAACUCGUCUAUCCACUGUGGUCAUUCUGGUCCUAGUUCUUCUAUGUUGUUUUCUCGGUCUAUUGGCAGGUAUCGCUUGUUUUUCUGUUACUUGGAUGCAUCGCAAAAGACAUGAUUUAGAGAGAGAGAAACAUCAAGUGCACAAAACAUUGCUAAUUCGAGGGGAAGAUGGCUUGAAUGCCUAUUCAACGGGCCUACAUGGCAAUGGGGAUUUUGUUAUUGGUAGCAGUGGUGGCACCGGUGGUGGUGCUUAUACAGCAGUUAGACCAAAUAUGUACCCAUUUGUUUUGCCAGCAAUUAACUCUGAAACUGGAGUUUCAACCAUCCUACCCAAUGGAGGAUUGCAAUCUUACCAUCAAAUGAUUCUGUCGUCCAAUACGAGUGCUGAAUCUACACAAAGUGGUUCAAACGACAAAAAUCCAAGUCAACAGCAUCAGCAGCAGCAACAACAGACAUCACAAUCAGGCGUUGGUAUUGUUGUCGACCAGUCUAAUACAAUUACUAAUCGUCUGUCUGGUGGUACAACUGGUCACAGUGAUGGUGUCACAUCUGAGACUGAAGCAUUCUGUGAUCAUAAAUUCGGUGGGGAAAACCAUGCACAUCGUCAUGGUUUACCACUAUACAGUCGCCACUACCAUCAUCAUCAUCAAGACCAACAGCAAUCACCCCUUCUAUCAUUAUUUUUGUGCAUGUCUAAAAUGAAAAAGUAUCGUGACCGAUGCUCCUUGAAAGCGAAUCACAGUCAAACAACUUCACAGAUUAAUCGCAUUACUAAUGAUAAUACUGUUACUAAUGUACAACGAAAUAUCAACUGCAGAGAGACUGAGAAUAGUCAUCAUAAUAAUAUUAACGGUAAUCUACCUCAUACAGAAUUUCUAAAUGGUAUCAAAGACUUUUCGAUAGCUGCUCAGUUAGCCAAAAGUCAAUCUCGCCAUGAUUUGGGAUUGUGUCCAACUGAUUUAUUGAAUGCACGUAUUAGAGGACAGACAACUGUACAAACAGCGAAUGGAUUGCUUCAAAUCGAUUUGUCUCGAAGUAAUCCAUCGAUGUUGAUCAACGGUCAGCCGUUAAUACAGAUUCCAGCUUCAUCGAAUCCAGCAGAUAUGGUGGAUAACUCUUGGCUCAUUCAAACAGGUUAUCAUAAUCACAAUGCAAUUGGUUGUUCUUCGUUGGGUAUGAAUUUAAUGAAUACAGAGCCUGGUGUUUACACAACAGUUGGUGGAGCUGAAUCAGAUGUGGACAGCAAUGCAGCUAGUACUAUGAGUCCAGAAUAUGCAUCUACAAGUAUGGUUCAUGAUUAUCCUGUACUAGCUGCUACAUUAGCUCAAAUAGACCAACAAAGACUUGCUGCACUAGCUGCUGUGAAUGUUCAAUCCAACUUGUAUCCCUGUCAAAACCCCCUUAACACUAAUAAUUUCUCAUCAAGCUCUUCGAUUAAUUUCAAUGUAUUAUUGAAUCCUCCGUUGAAUUCUCCAUUUGAUAACGAAGGUAAUAAUUCUGUUAAUACCCCAGCUGGUCAUAUGCAUAACUUUCUGACUUCAGUGAAUGCAAUCCAACAUCCUUUGUUGUUCUCCAAUCUACAUUCUAUGCAUGAUGUGAUGAUGUUGACGACAGAGACGACUACAGCACCUACAAAGCUGUUGAAUGCGGGAACACAAAGCUCAACAAAUAAUAUUUUAUCGCAGAGUGGAUUUACUGAAACAGACAGUAGCAGUCAUUAUGGUACAUUUGAUGCUGGUCGAGGCAUACUGUCUAAACAACAAGGUCAACAAAUAUAUGAAGCAUAUCAAUUACCUAGUCCUUCUGCCCCUGUCUAUUAUCCUGCUCAACAUCAAAUUAUAUCAUCAUCCAUGGGGCAGUACUUACCAUGCAUUCCUUCAGCACAAUCAUUGGUAUUUUCUUCUAUUUCAUCAUCCAUAUCACAACCACCCUUACUCUCAUUGUCAUCAGUCGCAAAGAGUAAUAACAACAAUAGUAUAACCAAUAGUUCUACAUUAGUCGGAAGGGGUUACAGCAAUAAUGAAUACAAAUCUCCAAAACGAGUUGAUUUUAAUGUUGGACAGUUGCAGAAACUAUCAGAUGUGAACAAACCGGAGUUCAACGAAAAAUCUGUACCAACAACAAAUAGCUGUCUACCGAAUUCACAAUAUCGUGUCUCUGAUCACAAUCCAUGGAUUAAAGCGUCCAAUGUGAAUCAUUAUGACUUAGAGCAACAUCAAAGAAGACAGCAUGAUAAUCUACUUCCACCGACGCCUCCUAGCCCCCCUCCACCGUUACCAUCCUCAGCAACACUCAAAAAUCAUUAA